UCAUUUACAGAGUCGGGGCUUUGGUGCUUGGAAAUUCGUCCCCAAGCACCAAAGCUCUACGUUUUUUUGCAUAGGUAUGCGCAGCAUGGCUGGUUUCUGCGGCACAAGACGUACGUGGGCGCAUAAUGGUGGUUAAACCAGCUGAAGGCCGGCCCAGAUGGAAGUCUCCCAUGCUCUUUGCUCUGCCCUCGUCCAGCGGAUUUUGGCGGUUGGCAUUUUACGUGCAAGGAGCUACGUCAUUCUGCAUUUUGCUCUAAGAACUACACAAGCAACUCCACACUCCCAACUUCUAGACCAUCAUGUCUGCUGCUCUGUCCCUGAACCUGCAGAGCGCCGACUGCAUCAAGGCCAACGUCGAGGGCGUGCAGCGCAAGACCAAGAUCUUCUGCACGCUGGGCCCUGCCUGCUGGUCCGAGGAGGGUCUGCUGGAACUCAUUGAUGCCGGCAUGAACGUGGCCCGCUUCAACUUCUCGCACGGCGACCACGCCAGCCACCUCGCCUGUUUGAACCGCCUGCGUGCUGCGUUGGCCAAGCGUCCCAAUAAGAACGUGGCCAUCAUGUUGGACACGAAGGGCCCGGAGAUCCGUACCGGUUUCCUGGCCAACAAGGACAAGGUAACGAUCCAGAAGGACUCGCUCAUCGAGCUCACAACGGACUACGAGUUCCUUGGUGACGAGACCAAGAUCGCAUGCUCGUACCCUCAGCUGCCAGAGUCCGUCAAGGUUGGUGGCUCGGUGCUGGUGGCCGAUGGUUCGCUGGUGCUGACGGUCACGGAGAUCAAGGACAAUGGUAUCGUUUGCCGUGCCAACAACACGGCUACGCUGGGCGAGCGCAAGAACAUGAACUUGCCUGGUUGCAAGGUGCUGCUACCCACUCUGACCGAGAAGGACGAGGACGAUCUUGUGAACUUCGGCCUAGUGCACGGUAUUGACUACAUUGCCGCAUCGUUCGUGCGUACGGGCCAGGAUAUCGACAACAUCCGUAAAGUUCUUGGCCCCCGUGGCCGCGGCAUCAAGAUCAUUUCGAAGAUUGAGUCACAUGAGGGCAUGGAGAACUUCGAUGAGAUCCUCGCCAAGACGGACGGUAUCAUGGUUGCUCGUGGUGAUCUCGGUAUGGAGAUCCCCCCCGAGACGGUGUUCCUUGCCCAGAAGAUGAUGAUCCGCAAGGCCAAUCUGGCCGGUAAGCCAGUGGUGACUGCCACGCAGAUGCUUGAGUCGAUGAUCAAGGCACCCCGACCGACUCGUGCAGAGUGCACGGACGUGGCCAACGCUGUGCUAGACGGUACAGACGCUGUGAUGCUGUCGGGUGAGACUGCGAACGGUGACUACCCGACUGAGGCCGUGACGAUGAUGUCCAAGAUUUGUCUGCAGGCCGAAGGAGCCAUCCACUACGACGACGUGUACCAGUCGCUGCGCAACGCUGUGUUGGACACUUAUGGCCCCAUGUCCACACAGGAGGCUAUUGCGUCGUCGGCUGUUAAGACUGCUAUCGAUAUCAAGGCCAAGAUGAUUGUGGUGCUGACGGAAUCGGGCAGCACAGCUCGUCUGGUAUCCAAGUUCCGUCCUUCGAUGCCCGUCCUGGUGCUUACGGCUAUGGCUGGCAGCGCUCGCCAAGCUGAGGGCUUCUACAAGGGCGUGAGGUCUCGUUGCAUGGGCUCGAUGAUUGGUACAGACUCGAUCUUGUACCGUGCAACGGAUCUGGGCAAGCAGUUCGGCUGGGUCAAGCCUGGCGACAACGUCGUCGCUCUCCACGGUAUGGUGGAAGCUCGCUCGGGCUCCACCAACAUGCUCAAGGUGCUCACUGUAGAAUAA